CGACAGGCAGGCGCUGGGACAGCCCUUGGCGGGGUCCUGAGAAAGAAGCAAGAUGGCUGCCCCUAUGGUGGAGAAGCUUGGGGUUGUCGGGCAGCGGCUCUUUGGCCCAUGGAAAGUAUGGCUCCCUGGACUGACACAGGUCAGGUGGUCCCGAUACAAUCCCAGUUUCGUUGAGCCAGAGGUGAACAAAGAAGUGUAUCGUCAAUCUCCAGACCUAAUGUCAGAGGAAGAAAAAGCUAUGUGGGAGCUCAGAGCAACCCAGCCUAUAAAGGCUGCCCCUGCCAAUCUCAGCAGCUCUGUGUUCUAUGACCCAUUGAUAAGCAAAUUCACUAGCAUGAUGAUGAAGGGAGGGGAUAAAUUUUUGGCCCGAACCAUUAUAAAUCAGACUUUAGAAUUGAUUAAAAGGAAACAGCUUGAGAAAUACCAUAAAGCUGACGAGAAGGAGAAAGAAAACAUUGAGUGCAACCCCUACAAAAUCUUUCAUGAAGCACUGAAAAACUGUGAACCUAUCAUUGGGCUUUCUGGUAUUCAGAAGGGAGGUAGAGUCUACCAGAUCCCAACUGCUCUGUCAGACAACCGGCGGCGUUUCUUAGCCAUGAAGUGGAUGAUCACUGAAUGCAGGGAAAAUAAGCACAGGCGUACCCUUAUGCCUGAAAAGCUUUCCCAGGAGCUGCUGGAGGCCUUCAACAAUGUGGGGCCUGUCAUAAAGAAAAAACAUGAGCUGCACAAGAUGGCUGAGGCCAAUCGAGCUUUUGCUCACUUUCGAUGGGGGUAGAGAAUACACUGUUCUGCAGAAGCGGCACUUGAUGACUGACUUUGCUAUGAGCAAGUGUUUCUCAAAAUUCCCAUAUGCCUUUCUUUGUCUAUCACAAGGUUGGGAGAACUGUGGCCAGCUUUCUCAGUUUGCUUUCGGAGAAUAUGUUGUACGGUAAACCUUAGCUAAAAGAAAAUGGUUACUUUCCUACGCAAUCUCCUUGGUACAGAUGGCGCUCUGUGCUUCUUUGUGUAUUAUCUUUUUCAAGUCAGAGGGUUCACUUGUGAUGCGGAAUGGCUUGCUUAAGUUACAGGUAGCCUUCUAAGGGAUUGUUUAAAAAUAGCUGAGGAUUUUGUACUUUCUGCUGAGUCUUCUGGCUAAAUCUUGGAUUGAAUUAGACUUGGACUGAAAAUUAAGGUGUAAUAAAGAGGGAAACACCA